CCCACCCUCACACUCACCCCUUCUUCAAAAUUCACAAUUUAUGCAUGUCACUAAUCACAUUUGUGUAUCUACCUGGCCAGUAUUAGGUACUUUCUUCUUCACCCUGUCUUGAUUCUCUGUUAUCAUUGCUAGUAAAAGGUGCUAUCUUUCUUGGUUUCUUGUUGAUGGGUGUUUGAUUCUCACUUUGUAACCCUUCUCUACCCCCAAUUGAUAUAAAGUGUAGGAUUUGAAUUGUUAUAAGUAUUCAAUUACCCUGGCAAAGCUAUGGAAAAUGGAAAAGUCCCAGCAAGUGGUCCAAAGAAAUUACCUUUCACGCCUAAGGCUAUCAUACACCAAAAAUUUGGUACUAAAGCAUGCUAUAAGGUCGAGGAAGUUCAAGAGGUCGUACAAAAUGGAUGUCCUGGUUUAGUGAUUCCUCAGAGAGGUCCUUGCCUCUAUCGCUGUUCUCUGCAACUUCCAGAAUUUUCAGUAGUCUCUGAAGCCUUCAGAAGAAAGAAGGAUGCCGAGCAAUCUGCUGCUGAGAAGGCUAUACAACAGCUAGGUAUCCAGCCUAAAGAAGUUAAUCUCACUGUGGAGCAAGCAUGGGAUGAAUUGGUUGGUCGACUAUCAUAUUUGUUUUCAAUUGAGUUCCUUCCUGCAAUUCACCCACUUAGUGGUCACUUCAGAGCAGCGUUGGUGAGAGAAGGUCACCUCAAUGGGUUUAUUCCUCUGGUAGCUAUUGCCACGUUUGAUGCAAAGAUCAAUAGCUUAUGUAAAUGUAUAUCAUCUGAAAUGGAAUCAAAUCCCUCGUUGGUGAUGUCCCUUAUUAUUGAAGCUGCAAAGAGAUUAGAAGAUUCCCUCUUGUUCUCUGAAGAGAAGCGGUCAUUGAAGAGGCUAACUCCACACCCUCCUGAGAUUAUACAAUCUUUACCAAAGAAUGAACCUAAUUCCCCAGAGAGCAUUUCAUUUGAAGCAAUACGUGUUCCAUCUUCAGCAGAGAAGACUGUGGAACCUGUGAUACUUAAUGCCUCUUCUGGCAAUUAUUACCUGGAUGUUAUUGCAAAGGAAUUAGGGGUUAAGGAUGCUUCUAAGGUUCUGAUUUCAAGGACUAUUGGCAAAGCUUCCUCAGAAACGAGGUUGUACUUCUGUGCUCCAGAGUCCACAACAAUUGGUUCAUCAUCAGAGCUAUAUAUGAAACAAGCUAGUUCAUUUAAAGGAUAUGUGAAUACCAUCGCGACUUACCUAUCUGGUCAAGAAAUAUGUGGUGAUGCAAUUUUGGCGUCUGUAGGAUACACUUGGAAAUCUACUGAUCUUUUUUAUGAAGAUUUAUCCUUGCGUGCAUAUUACAGAUUACUUGCCAACAAGAUACCCAGUGGAAUUUACAAGUUGUCUAGAGAAGCAAUACUUGCUGCAGAACUUCCCACAGCUUUCACAACAAGAAGCAAUUGGAGGGGUUCUUUUCCAAGAGAUAUUCUCUGUACAUUUUGCCGCCAGCAUCGAUUGUCUGAACCUGUAUUUUCAAGCGAUUCCAUUGAACCUCUGCCAGAUUUACCUGGACGUAAAAGAUUGAGGGAUACAUCAUCAGGUGAAAACGAAACUAAUGAAGGGGGUCUUGCAGCUACUGCUGUAGCACAAGAAGGGUGUAAUCUAGUCUACAGAUGUACAGUGAAGAUAUACUCCAAGUGCCAGGAAUUAAUUCUGCUGUGUUCACCAAAGGAAUCUUAUAAGAAACAGAUUGAUGCAAUGCAUAGUACUGCCUUAAAAGUUCUCUCAUGGUUGGAUAGAUUUCUUGAUAAAGUUGAUAUGUCUGUGGAAGAGAUCACAUCAUCUGCAAAGGGAUUUGAUAUUCUUAUUUAUCCUCAACAGCUUGUUAAGGAGUUCACAUUAUGUCAAACUUUGCCCAAAUAUCAGUGGGGCAGUGCAACACUAGCAGGAAACUUCGUGUGUCCUAGCUACUCUAAUGUACAGAAUAACACACUUGAAGAAGAAUUAUCAUCUGGAACGACUCCAUCUAGUGGUUCUUUGGUGUGUGUGACUUACAAGAUAUAUUUAGCCACGGAAAGGGAAUGCAUUAUGGAACAUCUUGAAGGGUCUGAAGAGUUUGAGUUUGAGAUUGGCAGCGGAGCCGUAUCUCCUGUUCUUGAAGCAGUUGUAACACAGAUGUCCGUUGACCAGUCUGCAUGUUUUACUAUGGAAUUGCCUGCAAAAGAGAUUGUUCUAGCAGUGGCUCAUGAUUCUGCAAAUAUCAUUUCAUUAUUGUCUUCAGGUACUUGCUUAAUGAAAUGUGAAGUCACUUUGCUGCGUGUGACAGUACCCCUGGAGGAUAGAAUGGAACAGGCCUUAUUCUCUCCCCCAUUAUCAAAACAACGUGUUGAAUAUGCGGUGCAGCACAUUAGAGAAUCUUGUGCUGCUUCUUUGGUUGAUUUUGGAUGUGGUUCUGGAAGUCUGCUGGAGUCUUUAUUAGCUUAUCAAACCUCUCUUGAGAAAAUAGCAGGUGUUGAUAUUUCACAGAGAGCUCUUGCUCGUGCUGCAAAGAUACUUCAUUCAAAACUCAAUGGAAAUAUAGAAGCUGAACAACCAAUCAACAGUAUCAAGUCUGCAAUACUAUAUGAUGGUUCGAUUUUGUCUUGUGAUUCUCGGUUGUGUGGAUAUGAUAUUGCAACCUGCUUGGAGGUGAUUGAACACAUGGAGGAACAGGACGCAUGUUUGUUUGGGGAUAUUGUUCUCCGUUCAUUUUGUCCACAGAUUCUUAUAGUCUCCACUCCCAAUUAUGAAUACAAUGUGAUUCUCCAGAAAUCUACUCCCCAAUACCAGGAGGAUGACCCAGAUGAGAAGAGCCAGCAGCAGUUAUGCAAAUUCCGCAAUCACGAUCACAAGUUUGAGUGGACUAGACAGCAGUUCUGUGAAUGGGCAUCUGAGCUAGCUUUAAGGCAUAAUUAUGAUGUCGUGUUCAGUGGUGUUGGGGGAGAAGCUAACAAAGAACCAGGAUUUGCCUCCCAAAUUGCUGUUUUUAGAAGAAACGAUCGCAGUCCCGUGAAUGCAGAUUUUCCUGAACACUAUGAUGUUAUAUGGGAAUGGAGUAGUGACAAUAAAUAGUUGAUGAUUUUAACAACAGUUCAUUUUGGUUAGUGAUGUGGACUCCAGAAGCUAUAGGAAUUUUGUAAUCCUUACCUAAAUAUGCUUGAAAUUGUAGUAGAAAUUAUAUACAUUGCUUAGAAAGGUACAAACAAUACUCCUUAACUCAUGACUAGAAAGUUUUAUACUUGAACUUUAGUUUUGUUCCA